GGGCGGCCCUGCGGGCGAAGCCGGUGCUGCCGCCGCCGCCUGAGACCGACGUGCUCGAGUCGGUGGACAUCUACUUCCGCUACAUCCACGACAGGUCGCUGUGCCUGUUCCACGAGGCAACAUUCCGCGAGGCCGUCGUGCGAGGGACAGCCCCACGCUCGCUGCUCAUGGCCAUAGCUGGUCUCUCUGCCAGAUUCUCUCCUAAGCCCGAGCUGCGGGCACGCAGGAUUCACUUCGCAGCGACCGCAAAGCAGCUGCUCGGCCAAGACAUUGGGCGCGUUUCCCUGGAUAAUGCCCAGGCCACCAUCUUGCUCAUGUCCGUCUCGACAGGGGAGUCUGACUUUGACGCGGCAUCCAUCUACUCCGCCGUCGCCAACCGGAUGGUGCACAUUCUGAAGCUCAAUGCCGAGAACGAGACGGAUGAUGCUAUCACACGAGAGGUCAAGCUGCGUGUCUGGUGGACCUGCUGCAUCCUCGACACGUGGUCGAGCCGUGGUGCCAGCCUCAGCAGGCAGCUUGUCGUCGACCAUCGGCCUGGAAACGGACCACGGUUUCCCAUGGAAGAGACACUAUUUCACGGCCUCAGGCCGGGAGACCAGGAGCCCCAAGUACGGGGCCGGGGCUUCCUCGCUUGUGUCGCUGAGCUUAUCGAGAUCUAUGCCCAGAUUCAAGACUUUCACGUCAAAAUUGCCACCUCGCAGCAGUGGGACGACGAUGCCAUUUUGGCUGCUGUCGACGGGCUCGCCUACCAGAUGCGGAGCCUGGAGUCCAGCUUCGCAUCGAACAUGUCAUACUGUCCCGCCAACCUCGACUGGCAUAUCUCCAAGGGGUUAGGUGGAGUCUUUCUCGCCUUUCACCUCGGGUACCAUCAUUACUGCACACUGCUGUUCUACAUGUAUCUCGACCAGCGACGCACAGAAAAGGCACAGCUCACGCUAAACUGCGACGACGCCGCGCAGGCAUGCGCAGACAAAUGCAAGCACCACGCCAACAUGGUGAGCGAGAUUCUAAGGACUGCCCGCGAGCGUGAGGGGUGCGAGCUCGUCUACAAUAUUGUCACUCACGUGACUAUCGUAUCGUCGUCGGUGCUGCUUCACACGUACCUCUUUGGAGACGUCGAGGGCCUCCCGGCUGCGAAAGCACGGCUCCAAUCGAACUUUGACACACUGGUAAUGCUUAAACAGUAUUGGCCCAGUGUUGAGACCAUGACCAAACGACUCGUCAUAUUCCAGGACAACUGCCUGAAGUCCACAAUGCGGGAGGACACCUACCGCUUUGACCGGUGGAUGAUGCGCUUCCUUCUUGAACACUGGCUAGCUCUAGACGACAAGCUUGAGGAGGUACAGAGUCCCUGGCCGGACGAUGCUGGUGUGGCGCCAGAAGUGGACAAUGUUCAACUGCAGAGAAGCAGAGUCACCAACGAGAUCAUUACUAGCAUACAAGGAUUCUGAUAGAUUGAAGAGAAAACAAGU